UUUUGUAUUUUUGUUAUUUUUUAAUUUGAGUUAUGCUACAUAUAAGCUACCUGAAGGAACAAAUUGCGAUCAUUUCUGUCAAUCAAAUUCUUCUGUUAUUCCAAACGAGAUUACGGGAAUUUAUUAUAUGACUGAAAUGGUUCCAUUUCCUUUUGAUGUUGGCAUAAAUUGUGGAUAUUUAAAUAUUUCUGAACCUGUAGAUGGAUUACAGUAUUUUGAAGAAAUUGUAAAGAAAUGUGAUUGCGUUAGUAUUAUGCAAAGAUUGUGGAUUUUUUACAAAAUUUCCGUGUACGUAUAUUCAAGAGUGGCAGUUCCUAAAUGUGAAGACAUAGGCCCAGUAAUGGAAUCCUUGUACAAUUGUGGCAUUCCACCUGAAGCAUUCACUGUUAUGGAUUAUUCCAAAUGUCUUAGAUGUUAA